UGAGGUCACAGUCCAGCUCUUGGUGGUUGUUGAAAGGGAAAUGAUAAGUUUCCAUGGCAACCAGUCCUUGGAGGAAUAUGUUCUAACCGUCAUGAAUAUGGUGGCCGACCUGUACCGAGACCCAAGUAUUGGGACGAAGAUAAAUAUCGAAGUGUCCAAGCUUAUGCUUCUGUACAAUAUGCCUAAAGGCCUGUCAAUCACCCAUCAUGGCGACAGGACGCUGGAAAGUUUCUGCAAGUGGCAGCAGUGGAUAACGAAAGACACAUUCAAGGAAAACCCAAAAUAUGACGGGGCGGUAUUGUUAACUAGGUAUGCAUCCUUCAACAUAUCAACACAAAUGAUAACNCGUUAUGUGGAAGCUGCUGUUAUUCCCGAAGGAGCGAGAAGUAUAACCAUUACCGAAUCAAAACCGUGUACAAGUUUUCUAGCUCUGAGGGCAGACGCUGGAACUUAUUACAUCAACGGUAACUGGAGAAUUCAACUUCCCGGUGACGUCAACGCAGAUGGAACGAUAUUUCGGUACAUGCGCAAAGGAACUUUGGAAAAGAUCGUGGCUCGUGGGCCUACAAAUGCCCCUUUACAUAUCAUGGUUUUGUAUUAUGGAUUUAACCUUGGAGUGGAGUAUCGAUAUGCAGUACCCCUCCAGGAUAGCAAUAGGGACAAGGACGACGCAAAGAAACACCGUUUACUGUUGGACGCCUCGUAUGGAUGGGUGCAUGGAGGCUGGGGAAAGUGUAACGUGCACUGUGGAGGAGGUAAAGCAAAAGAAUGGAAAUUAGACAGUCAAUUGAUAGCAGCUAGAUUAAUUUACUUAAACUGUGGCAUUAAUAUCAAGCUUGAGGGCUUCGGAAACAUAACAUCUGUUUUGGAUAAUCUGGGUGCAUAUCAUGAUGGAGACGGAAACACGUGCCCAGACUCCGCGGGAUUAACACCUCACCUUAUGUCAUCGCGGUGGCUGGCAAGGAAUCGACGUGGAACCAUGAAGUGGUCAUGGUGCAGUAAAGCUUACAUCAAGUCUUUUCUUAAUUCCAAGGCCAGCAAGUGUUUGAGAAAUCACGCCAAAGAGAAACCACUGGAGCUGCCAACAGAGCUGCCCGGAGUUGCAUUCACUGUGGACGAGCAGUGCAAGCAGCAAUAUGGAAACAGAGCCCGACACUGUCAUAAAUAUAAGAUAUCUUAUGUCCUACGAGCCUGAUGGUCCCUUGUGCCGUUUUCAUUAAAAUAAAGCACUGGGAAAUUUUGCCACCCUGUAUCCCUCCCCUGAUGGAAUACCAGUCCAUUGUAAGGAUACCCACCUAAGCUUGUCCUCAGGCUCUGUAAGAGUUUGCUUAUGCUUCUAGAUGGAGAGAGGCACUGUUAUAAUGACUUUGUUUGCAAGAGAAUAUAACUCAACGACCUCGAGCUCCAACACAAAU